CGCUGAGCCUGGUAUUUUGAGCGCUUUGCGGCGUACCGGACAUCCUAUCAACCGUUUCAGCUCAAGUAAACGUCGUACUGCCCCAUCACUGGGUUCUAGAGAUCGCAACCGAGAUCGCGAUAUGGAUCGUGAUCGUGACCGAGAUCGCGAUCGUGAACGAAAUCGACUUCGUGAUCGGGAGCGAGGUCGGACAAGAGAACCAGAUUCACCUUCUCGCAGUCGGUAUCACGAGGAUAGUCCUUAUGACCGCCGUAGACGACAUGACGACCGAUCACCUCGUCGCAGAUCUCGAAGCCCCGCGUAA